AUGAGCUGCGUCGACCUUUCGAGAGCAACCAAUUGGCUUCAGGAAAUUAAUUCACUCGGCACUUUUCGAGUGUUAAAUUUGGGGAAUGCAGAACUCCCGCCUGUUACAUCCCCACUGCCCUCUUUUAAUCUGACAUCCAUCUCCCAGCUUAGUCUCUUUCACUAUCAGAACUUCAGUAACGCCAUGCUCAGUUGGCUGUCUAAUGCUAGCAACCUUGAAUAUCUCGGUCUCUCUGAGUGCUAUUCUGGACUUCAUGUGGAGCAACUGCAAGUUUCUUUUAGUGCUCUUCCUAAUUUAAAGAAAUUAGAAAUAGCAAGCAAUCUCAUCAAGGGAGAAAUUUCUGGAAUUCUAAGGAAUAUCGGCACCAGACUGCAGUAUUUGGAUUUCAGCGGCAAUGAAGUUAGCGGAGAAAUUGCAGAUAUCUUGUGGUAUCUUAGGCGCUUGGAGUACCUCAGUUUAGAUUCUACCUAUGUGAGGGGGUAUUUACCACUUGCCAUGGAGAAUCUAACAACUAUAAGACACUUGAGUGCAUCAAAUAGUCAUAUAGCAGGACAUAUUCCAGAAACAGUGGGGAAACUUGUCAAUUUGAGGUUUCUUGAUUUGUCAGAAAACAAUAUCACUGGAGUGAUACCAUGGAGCAUGGGAAACCUUACAAACUUGGCAGGCUUAUGUUUGGGAAAGAGCAACCUGACAGGAUCAAUACCAGAAACUUUUGGUAAUCUCACUAACUUGAAGUUGUUAUAUCUAAUUGACAGUAAUGUUUCAGGACAAGUACCAGAAUCCAUUGGCAAACUUCAAAAAUUACGUACUUUGUAUAGGCCAAAUAAUCUAUUUACUGGUCAGAUACCUGAGUCGAUGGGUGGACUCCAUAACUGA